AUUUCGCUGCCAAAAAAGCUUUAGAAAAAGCUGACAAUCUAUCACGUCGCACUGCAAUCGAUCGCCAUUUACAAAAACAUUCCGUAUUACAUAUGUAUGUACGAUAUAAUGAAAUAAGUCACCGUGUAUAGCCGUCGAUUAUCAAAUACAUCGUCACGCACUCACAGUGCUCAGCACACGCACAAGUAUACACACAUGCGUGGCAGCCGUAAAUUAUUCGCGAAUCAGCAGCAGCGCAUCAAGCUCAAGCAAGACCAUGUGGUCGGAUUUACGAUAGCGCCUGCGCAGCAUUAAACCGAUUCUAACCUCAUCCGGCAGUUGCGUGUUGGAAGCGAGAGCAGAACUACGCAAGGAGCCAGUAACUAAUCUCUGUCAGUACGGGAUCGCAGUCUGCGCAGUGUGCACGUUCGCGCGUAGAGUGCUGCACCGGGCGAGAAGAGAAAGUGUGCAUCGCACGCGGUCAUUUUCGUUUAUUUUCGUUUCUUUAUAGGUAAUAUAGUUUUACUUUUCCACACACACAUACAUACACAUCGUUAAUAUCCUUACACGAGGUGUUUUUGCGAAUGGGAAUAGUAGCCUCGACAACAUGAACGCCGAUGACUACGAAACUUUGCCGACCCAGUCAAUGGGGGUGCACAUGAUGGCAGGUGCUUGCGCUGGAAUUAUGGAACACUGUGUUAUGUACUCCGUUGACAGUGUUAAGACAAGAAGACAAAUUCUAACACCAGGUCCAGGUGGAGGUGUAGGUAUAAUCACAGAGAUAAGCAACAUGAUGAGGCAAGAAGGCAUAUUUAGACCUUUUCGAGGUAUAAGUGCAAUGGUAGCUGGAGCUGGACCAGCACAUGCACUAUAUUUUUCCUGUUACGAAUAUCUCAAGGAUAAAAUGAUGAGUACAAAGUCGUAUUCUCCUAACAACCACCUGAUCUAUGCAUAUGCUGGUGUUGUAUCGACGGUACUUCAUGAUGGUGUUAUGAAUCCAGCUGAAGUGGUAAAGCAACGUAUGCAAAUGCCGAAUUCACCAUACCGAUCAGUAAUGGAUUGCCUGCGACAUGUGUACGCGACCGAGGGCAUCCGUGCGUUUUAUCGUAGCUAUCGAACGACGUUACUGAUGAACGUACCGUUCCAGAGUAUUCAUUUUGUUUCUUACGAGUUUGCUCAGUCAAUCACAAAUCCACAGCGUACUUACAAUCCAAUGGCACACGUUGUUUCUGGUGCGAUGGCAGGUGCAGUGGCAGCAACAGUAUCGAUGCCGUUGGACGUAUGCAAAACAUUGCUAAAUACUCAAGCCGGCGAGAUACGUGCAAGUGGCAUGCGAGAUGCUCUCGGUCUUGUCUACAGGUACUGGGGUGUGUCUGGCUUCUUCCGUGGCCUCAGUGCUAGAAUCGUCUAUCAAAUGCCCGCUACCGCCAUUUGUUGGUCGACAUACGAAUUCUUUAAAUACCUACUGCACAAAGAUCCAAAUUUGGGUUUGGAACCCGUGGACGAUUUGCCAAUCAUGCAACAACAGCUAUCAUCACGGAGCACAACGAGCAUUAAUGCGAGCACAAUACCAAGUCCAAGUGGAGGUAGCUCGAAUAGCUUUCAAGGAGCGGGACUCUAUUUCAACAAAAAACCAGUGAUUUUCGAAAUAACGAGAGGCUAAAAACAGAAAGUCGUUUGUACAUAUAUGCACUUUACUAUCCACAUGUAAUUCGAAAGAGAAAACACAUUGGUUAUAAUAUUUCGCUUCUGGCUCGAUACUCCGUGAAGAGGUCAAUUUUUUGUACGCGAAAUUUUAGAGAUAUCUGUUUGGAAAAAGCCUCGUGAAGAGACAGAACAAGAUAAAAGAAAAAAAUAACAAAAAUUCAUUUUGUCAGGUAUAAUGUAAAUUACUUUAGAAACGUUCGUCUCUAUUUAAUAGAAUGAGAACAAAACGUUGUUGUACAGUUUAACGAGAAUAACAAUAAUUAGGUUGUACAGAGGCUGCUAAAAAGACGAUCCGAUCGAUUAUUACUGCGUAUUGAUUUUUUUGUGUGUUUGUCGCGAACGAUUUUAUAUCGAUAUGCGUGUGUACACACACACACACACACAUACACAAGCGCGCGCGUAUUUAUUAAGGCCGAAUGCAGAGCAAGGUAGGCAAACAAAAUUAUUCGUUUCGUAUUAUCUCGUUUCAAGUAAGACAGCAAGUGUUUUGUUAAUUAUUUUUUUUAAUUGGUUGUCUACUCGAAUUUGAAAAAAGCGUAAAUAGUAGUAAAAGAGAGAAUCUUCACAUACUUACUUUCUAUGCUGACCAUACUAUAUAUAUAUAUAUUUGAAAUUCAAAAUGACAGCAUUGAAUAUAAAAAAAGAAAAAUGUCGAAGCCAAUGAUCUACGGGUGACUUACGACA